GUGACGGAUGUCAAUAGCAAAAUAGUAGCGACAAACGAUAUCUCAUGCUUUCCUUUUCCCUAUAGACAUACACAAAUCCGUAAAAGCAGCACUAUCCAAAUCGGUAAAUCCCAGCUUUGAUUGGAAUCAGUAAACCAGGAAGCGGAACAACCAUUUGAAGCAUGGCCGACCAAGAAUCACUUCCUGCUCUACCUCCAGCACCACUCGCCCCUCCCCGAUAUGUCCCAGCAUAUUCGGACGAUCAGGUAAUGUAUCAGGAGCGAUAUGUUGCCCUCCAGCAACUCAUCCAUGAACUCGAAGACGAGAACGACCUAAUAGCAUACCGCGCUCUGAAAGAAGAACGUCGACUAGAUGAAAGUGGUACAACUUUCCGAGGAUUCGCACCGGAAGAAGGGGACGUUAACGGGUGGUUUAACAACUCGAGCGGGCGUGCAAGUCGGUCUGGUCCUUUAGGGGAUGAGCCCGCUAUCGAAAGUGUAGUCAAUGACAGCAUCAGUGGAAGGAGCAAGUUGAGCGAUGAUAAUCGAGCGGAGAUACAAAGAAAGGAAAGGGAGAGGAUUGAGGCAGAGCGACGAGAGUUGGAGAGGUUGCAAGCGAUUGAGAGGAAGAGAAGGUUAGCAGAGGAAGAGGAAGAGAGGGAGUAUCUCGGGACUAGCGGCAGACGAUCCCCUAUUUCUGUAACCGCUUCUAUUCCCAUGUCUGUCCCUGUCCAUCCAACUGGAGACGCACCCGACAUGCAAGAGGCCGAAGCUUUUGACGAGGACCUUGAAAUGGAUAGACGCCGGUGGCUCGAGUUUGAACGAGAACUCGAAAAUCGAGGUGAAGAUUCAAGACACAAACCCUCUGAACCGCUUGAUGUACGGAAUGAACAAAUUGGGGCGUUGCCACUAGACGCUGCGAGACGCCAUCCAAGUCCUGGCGCGCCAGAAGCGCCAGAAGGGGAAGCUAGAAGGAGUUGGGCAAAGGAGAGGGAAGGAUACCCUGAGCGGCAUGAGAAAAGACGCAGGGAAGAAGACUCGGGAGCAGUUGGGACCGGAAUGAAGAGGAGGAGGGGGAGCGUUAUGGAUAACCAUGCCGAACAACCUUUUUCUCGCCGCGCACAGCAGUCCCCGCUUACACGUGCACCACUUCCCACACUCGACUCUUCACGCCAAGAUCAAGAGCUUGCGUCUCCGUUCAGUACGAGACCAGCUGUUCAUUUGUCACCUAUCACUUUGAGACAUCCAGCGUCGCCCACAGCUUCCCUGCGAGAAGGAAGAAGGUCCUUGGGUGUCAUUCAUGGGGAUAGGUUGUCUCCUGGGCGAGAGGACGAAGAGGAAUGAGCUCCUGUUGUAUUACGAUAUCAGGCUCUUUCCAUUGAUAUUCUGUAUGCAAACCGACUGUCCGCACGUUUAAGUAUAUUUUGCCGCCAAGGUAACACAACGCUAGUAAGCAAGGGACAUGAAACAAUUAAAAGAUUC